GUAUCUGGGAGAUGUCAGUGGACUCCAGUCUCGUUCAAGCUGCCCCAAGUAACAGCGCUGGGCAGUGGCUCUGGGUCAGCAAGGCGGGUGGCCCCUGACAGGCUGCCCUCUGGGAAGUGGGUGUCUCCUCCGGGUCCCCUGGGAGGCCCCAUGGCGUUUGCUGAACUCCUCGACCAAGUGGGCAGCCAGGGCAGGUUUCAGGUUCUCCAGACAGUGGCCCUGGUGGCCCCCAUCAUGUGGGUUACCAUGCACAACAUGCUGGAUAACUUCUCAGGUGCCGUGCCCAGCCACCGCUGCUGGGUGCCACUCCUGGACAACAGCACAGCCCAGGCCAGUGUACCCGGGACCCUGAGCCCUGAGGCCCUGCUGACCAUCUCCAUCCCGCCUGGCCCCAACCAAGAACCCCACCGGUGUCGCCGCUUCCGCCACCCACAGUGGCAGCUUCUGGACCCCAACGCUAUGUCCACCAACUGGAGCAAGGCUGCCACGGAGCCGUGCAUGGACGGCUGGGUCUAUGACCGUAGCACAUUCACCUCCACCACUGUGACCCAGUGGGACCUGGUGUGUGACUCUCAGGGCCUGAAGCCCAUGGCCCAGUCCAUUUACAUGGCUGGUAUCCUGGUGGGAGCUGCUAUGUGUGGUUACACCUCCGACAGGUUUGGACGCAGGCUGGUGCUGACCUGGAGCUACCUUCAGCUGGCCACAGUGGGCACCGCGACUGCCUUUGCCCCCACCUUCCCUGUGUAUUGCCUGCUCCGCUUCCUGGUGGCCUUUGCUGUGGCAGGCGUCAUGAUGAACACGGCCACACUCUGUAAGACCCAGACCCAAGGCCCUGCAGGCGAAGGUUUGCAAAGGCUGACCUGUUCCCGUCUCCUUGCAGUGAUGGAGUGGACAUCAGCGCCAGGCCGGCCCUUGGUGAUGACCUUGAACUCCCUGGGCUUCAGCUUCGGCCAGGCCCUGAUGGCUGCUGUGGCCUACGGUGUGCGCGACUGGGCCAUGCUGCAGCUGACAGUCUCUGUUCCCUUCUUCCUCAGCUUUGUGUACUCCUGGUGGCUGGCAGAGUCAGCACGCUGGCUCCUCAUCACCGGCAGGUUGGCCAGGGGCCUGCGGGAGCUGCAGAGGGUGGCUGACAUCAACAGGAAGAGGGCAGCAGGGGAGGCGCUGACCACUGAGGUCUUGCUCUCAGCCAUGCAGGAGGAGCUGGGCGUAGGCCAGGCUCCUGCCAGCGUGGGUGACCUGCUCCGCACACCCAGACUUCGCCACCGCACCUAUCCCUCCGUACUAUGCUGGUUUGCUAUUGGCUUCACCUUCUAUGGCCUGGCCCUGGACCUGCAGGCGCUAGGCAGCAACAUCUUCCUGCUCCAGGUCCUCAUUGGGGUGGUCGACAUCCCGGCCAAGACAGGCACCCUGCUGCUGCUGGACCGCCUGGGCCGCCGACCCACACAGUCCGCGUCCCUGGUGCUGGCCGGGCUCUGCAUCCUGGCCAACACGGUGGUGCCCCGUGAAAUGGAGGCCCUGCGCUCAGCCCUGGCCGUGCUGGGGCUGGGCGGGGUGGGGGCUGCUUUCACCUGUGUCACCAUCUACAGUGGUGAGCUCUUCCCCACCGUGCUCAGGAUGACUGCAGUGGGCCUGGGCCAGAUGGCAGCUCGUGGGGGGGCCAUCCUGGGGCCCCUGACCCGCAUGCUGGCUGUGUACAGCCCCUUGAUACCCCUGCUGGUGUAUGGGGCGGUGCCCGUGCUGACCGGCCUGGCCUCGCUGCUGCUGCCCGAGACCCGGAGCCUGCCAUUACCUGACACCAUCCAGGACUUACAGCGCCCGGCAGUGAAGAAAGCAGCCCAGGGCACACAGGGCCACCCUGUCCUGAAAUCCACGUGGUUUUAG